AUGGCUACAGUUGCACCACCACCAUCAAAAAGGCAAAGGAGAGAGGAAAUUGAACGCACAACAACACAACAAGAUGUUGCGCCACUCCUUGCGACCGACCUUGGGUCGUUCAAGGCCAACUUCGUCGACAGCGACGGCAACCAGAUGGCCGACGUGAUCGAGAUCAAUUUUGGCGAUGCUACCGAGAAGAAUGUCUCGACGCUCUUGAACACAUUGUUGGGGAGGGACAGAGAAGACUUCACCCCCUAUCGGUUCCGCAUCCACAUCCCAGGCAAAGACGUUAUCAUAGACCAAUAUCCCACCGAUUUGCUCGGCCUACUUCAAAAACAUGGAGUUACCAACCCCUUUGAGACUACCAUUACCCUCAGCGCCGAACCACAAGCCGUCUUCAAGGUCCACGCCGUCUCGCGUCUCGCGCAUCGUAUCCCCGGCCACGGCCAACCCAUCCUUGCCUGCCAAUUUUCCCCUAUAAACUCCAGCCGUUUAGCCACCGGCAGCGGCGACAAUACGGCCCGCAUUUGGGACACGGAUUCCGGCACACCGAAACACACCUUGAAAGGGCAUACUGGCUGGGUUUUGGGAGUCAAUUGGAGUCCUGAUGGUAAACAAUUGGCCACCUGCUCUAUGGAUAAGACAGUCCGGAUAUGGGACCCCGAAACGGGGAAGCCGGUCGGGCAGGAUUUCAAGGGGCACGCUAAGUGGGUGCUGGGCGUGGCAUGGGAGCCGUAUCACCUAUGGAGAGAUGGAACCGCCCGCCUCGUGAGCGCAAGCAAGGAUGGUACAUGUAGGAUAUGGGUGGUGAACUCGGGUCGUACAGAGCACGUCCUGAGCGGCCACAAGGGGUCGGUGAGUUGUGUACGGUGGGGGGGCACUGGUAUGAUCUACACAGGAUCCCACGAUAAGGCUGUCCGAGUUUGGGAUGCCGUGAAGGGCACAUUGGUGCACAGUUUCACUGCCCACGGACACUGGGUUAACCAUAUUGCCUUGUCGAGCGACCACGCCCUACGGACUGCUUAUUUCGACCAUACUAAGGAGAUCCCUGACACCGAAGAAGGCAAGCGGGCGAAGGCGAAGGAGAGGUUUGAGAAGGCGGCCAAAAUCCAGGGCAAAGUUGCCGAGCGAAUUGUGUCAGCCAGCGAUGAUUUCACCAUGUACUUGUGGGAUCCGACCAACAACGGCAACAAGCCAGUUGCGAGGCUCCUGGGUCACCAAAAUAAGGUGAACCAGGUACAGUUUUCCCCUGACGGGACGCUUAUCGCCAGCGCGGGGUGGGACAACAGCACGAAACUCUGGAAUGCCAGGGAUGGCAAGUUUCUCAAGAGCCUGAGGGGCCAUGUCGCACCAGUCUACCAGUGUGCCUGGUCCGCCGACAGCAGGCUCCUCGUCACAGGCAGCAAGGACUGCACGCUCAAGGUGUGGAAUGCGCGCAACGGCAAUCUCGCCAUGGACCUACCGGGCCACGAAGACGAGGUCUACGCCGUCGACUGGGCGGCCGACGGGAAGAUGGUCGGCUCGGGCGGGAAAGACAAGGCCGUGAGGACGUGGAGGAACUGA